AUGGGCAUGAAUGGCCUUUGGGAGCUUCUGAAGACCGCUCGAGAGGAAACAUCCCUCAAGCUGCUCACCUUGCGUGACGGAUUCGAAGGCCGUCCUGGCGAGCGGCUGUAUCGGCUUGGUAUUGACACAAGCAUCUGGUUCCAUCAACUUCAGGAACGGUUCGCGGCCGGGCACGCCAACUCGGGUGAAAACCCGGAGUUGCGCAGCCUGUUCCACCGCCUCGCAAGACUGCUCAAGCUACCCGUGCGCCCUCUUUUUGUCUUCGAUGGACCAGGCCGGCCUGCACACAAAUGCUCCUGCAAGGUCAUCGGGACGCACUGGAUGGUCGGAAACACACAGAAGCUCCUCGACGCAUUUGGGUACGAGUGGCGCGUGGCCCCUGGUGAAGCUGAGGCCGAGCUGGCUAAGCUGAACCAGCUCGGCAUUGCCGACGCCGUUCUGACGGACGACAGUGACGCGCUCAUUUUUGGCGCCCGCACCGUGAUCAGAAAUUACAAAGCGGACGCGGAGGAUGAGGUGCAUGCCUUUCGGCAAUGCACUAUCAAUGCACACAGCGCGAUUUCGCUCUCGUGCGGCAGCCUGGUCCUUGUCGCACUUCUCUGCGGAGGCGACUAUGAUGAGAAUGGCUUGUGUCGAUGCAGGCCUCAGACCGCCCUCGCAAUCACGCGCUAUGGACUUGGCGAGUCGCUCUGUGAUGCUGCCGUGGUGCUCGGCAACAAUGAGACCGAACUGUCUGCAUUCCUGUCUGGUUGGCGUGACAGGCUGCGGUCCAUCCUUAGCACUGAUCCCGACAAUCACCUUGGCCACCGUCACAUCGUGCUGUCAAACUCAGUCCCUGACUCGUUUCCUGAUGUCGCUGUGCUCCGAGCAUACCUCAGCCCCUCAACAUCAGCAAAUAUCCCGCACCUCCCAGCUCAUCCCCUGCCUGUUGACCUGGCAAAGCUCGGCACCUUCUGCGAGCUGCACUUUGGCUGGGGAACAAAGUCGGGGAUCGUCAAGCAUGUCCGCGAGUGGCUGUGGCCUGGUAUGGCCCUCAAACUCCUUGUCGCUGAAGCAGUCGCCUAUGACCGGCGGCACCAGAAACAGGGUGCACACUCCACUCUCGCAGCACCACCGUUGGAGGUCUGGCUGCAACCUGAUCACUCCAUGGACCAGGAUAAUGUCCGUGUGAUAGCAAUCGAUCGCAGUUCUGCUGACAUUGCCAUCUCCAACCUCUUUGGUGUACGACUGUCUCCUCACCCGUCGGGCACGCAACAACCGAACUACAACCCAUCAACAUUCUCUGAUGUCAUCAACCUGACUGCCAGUGACGAUGAUGAUGAUGAUGUGGAGCAGCAGGAAGUCAUCUCUCUGAUAACGGAUGACCCAGUUGUUAUUGAUCUCACCAUUGAUGAUAAUUGA